AUGUCCCAGAAUCUGACAACCUGUGAAACGAUGCUCACAUAUUCAACAUCGAUCGAACUCCGUCUAUCGCUUCUCCUGAAUUGGUUCAUUUUGCUUCCAGCUUUUCCAAUAAUAGGAUAUUCGUUAUACUUUUCAUUCACACAACGGGUUUUUCAUAAAAAUACUCAAAUCCAAAUAAGUAUUCAUUUGGCUGCAUUAUUCUCUCUUCACACCGCUGACCUCUUCAACUAUUUCUACCCAUAUCAAUCCGGAUGUGAAAUUUUACCAAAUUUUUAUAGGUUCAAUUUUUUCCCAAAAUCCCAAAAUUUUCAAAGUUUCAGAUGCCUAAUUUUCCGAUUUUUGUACAAUGCUGGCCAAGCUACCGUAUCAAUGACCCCGAUUUCCAUAACUUUAGAGCGUCUGAUCGCUGUAAAAUACAAUCGAGCUUAUGAGAAUUGCUCAAUUAAUUAUGGAAUCUUUUUGGGCGUUUUUCAAAUAUUUCUGGCAAUUUGUUAUCUUUUUACGAGAUAUGUACAUGCUGCUUUCACUCCAUCCAGCUUCACAUUUUUCUAUUGUCAGACACUGGUGUCGAGUACGAUUUCAACUGCUGAGACUAUCAUCCCAUUGUCAAUGGUCAUUUGCUCACAAAUCAUUUCGAUUGUGGUUUUUCGAAUUUUGGAGAUCAAAAAUAAGAAACUUCGAGCAGUAGCGGAUAUUAAUUUGAGCACCCGAUACACUUUGGAUCAGGGAAGAAGAUCUUUCGUCGCUCUAAAAUCUUUCAUACAUUUCAAUUGCAUCACAAUUUCUACAAUUUUACUUGGAAUUGUUGUUCUCCAUUUAGCUUCUCCAUUCUUCACGAAACCCAAUUAUAUGGCUAUUAUUGAAUUAACCCAUGCAAUUCCAUUAUACGGUAUUAUCGUUUGUAUUGGCGUUUGGUGGAAAUUGAGAAUUUUGGACGGAGAGCAAAGAAGGAAUAUCACAAUGGCACUUCGUAGAAAACCUAUGCAUACUGAUUUGUAUUUUCAAAUGCGCAAGAUUCAAUUUUCUGCUAAGGAACAACAAGAAACUGCGGCUUUCAUGACAAGACCAAAAAUUGAGAAACUGAUUAUCACAGGGGUUCUGAGCAACUGGUCCGAAGAAAAAGCCACAUUUGCCCCACCAGAAGCAUUCAUACCAAAUUGUGAGAACCUGAAACUCGCGGAUUUUCAACAAGAGUGUCUUCUGGAAUGGAUAACUUCGUCUCUUCAAAUUCGGCGCGAAUUCAAAAAUUUUGAAAUUGAUUGUUGGAGUGUUGAAGUGCCAAUCAGACCGUUUAUUCAAGGGUUGAAAGUUUCGAAGCAUUUAAAAAUUCGAUGUGAAACUGGAAUGACGGAUGAGGAAUUAGAAGGAAUUGAAGCGAUGGAUUUGACAGUUUCAUCCGAUCAGAUCACUCCAGCAGCGGCGAAGAUAAGAUUACUGAAGUUUCUGAAAUUCGGAAAACGACACGAAAAAUUGGAAAUUCGAACUGUGCAUCCUCAAUUUUUCGAUGCUCAAAGAGAUUUGUUCUCUGAUAGUUGGAUUGUCAAAAAAAUUCCUCAAGAUUAUGAAGAAGGCGGAGAGUUCAUUGGGAAAAUCUUCAGCGGCUUUGAAAAUAUACAUGGAAUUCAGGAUACUCGCGAAUUUUCAUGUGAUUAUUACGGAGAUUCUAUGAGAAUUUUCUGCGCGGUGGUUGAAAAAUCGAAGACUUCAUUGACAUUGUAUCCGUUUUGA